UCUCCAAAUUACAAGGGGGAAGGGGAAAAAACGAUGGGAAGCGAAGGGAAGUCGAGGAAGCGGCGAUCCUCUCCUGUUUCAUCUCAAGAUGAUGAGGAUGAAAGAAGCAAGAAGCACAGAAAGAGAGAAGAUAGAAAGAGUCGAAGAGAUGAUGAGAAGAAGGAACGGAAGAAAAAGAGUGAGAAGUCUCAUAAGCAUUCAAAGAGCGGAGAUGAAAAAGAGAAGAAGCUGAAGGGGAAGCAUAAACACCGAAAGAAGCAUUUGGAUUCAGUAAGUAGUCUAAUCUUUUAUUGAUAAUUCCUUUCACUC